CAGAUAAAGUCUUGUACGUACUUGCCCAUCCAGAUCACUUCUGGAAACACUUCACCUGAUACACGAUCACCAUUUCCCUCUUUACACAUCUGCAACGCUGGUUUCUCACAUCACAUUGCAACACUCGGGUCUAAGCAACUUCAUUGCAAGGUCGCCUUCCCAAAAUCACUGGAAGCUGAAGAUGGAUAUUAAGCGUGUGAAGGACUAUAUCUAUUGGCUGUACUACCAGUACCUGCUGAUCACCUGCAGCUACGUGCUGGAGCCCUGGGAGCAGUCCAUGUUCCACACCAUCACCGUGACUAUCUUCGCCAUGGUGGUGUACACAGCUUACGUCUUCGUGCCCAUCCACAUCCGCUUGGCUUUUGAGUUCUUCUCGCAGAUAUUUGGAGGCCAGCCCGAAAGCACCGUCUCCAUCGUCAACUGAACUUGCCUCAGCAGGGAUGAACAGCUCUUGCCACCUGUGAAACACAACGACUUCUUCAAUCUCGGCCAUUUAUUCUGAAGCGGUUUUGCAGUUACGAAAAUCCAGUUUUCUCUUACCAAACCCGGCUUGCUUCAUUACCAUAGCUGGAAACCAGAAUAAAGCACUGACUGCUGGCUGCACAGUCCCCAGAAACGAAGCACAGGUCAGCUUUUGAUGUCUGAUAAUGAAACACAUCAGCUGGAAUGCCACAUUCAACUAAUAUUCAAGCAGCUCCCACAUUCAGCGCCCUAAUUUAAUCGCACCAGCAUGUAUAAAACAGCAGAGAGUGUUGCUGAUGGCUGUGAGGAGGGUACUGCACUCAUUACAUGCAAACAAGUUCUGCCAGUGGAGUGCAAUGGCAAAAUAUACCAUGCCUUCUCUGAGCCAGGUUAGAGAAUGUAAGGAGAUGGGUAUCAUAGAGGAUGAUAUGACUCCGGCUGGUUAUUGACUUCUGGUUUUUAAUGGAUAAGUAAUUAGAAAGUAAUAGGGGUAUGAAUAUGAAUCCAACUUUUUGCAUCUGAGUUUAGGUGGUCUAAGAUAGUAAAAAAAAAAACCAACAUAGUACAGGUAAUCUUGCAGUUUACUGAAAAUGACAGAAGGAAAGAGAAGUGGCUCUGUUGCAGUGCACUGCCACCGAGACAUCUUCUCUUUCUGCUCCCAUUCACCAAGGCAUGUGCAUGUCUGCACCAGAGGAAGAUGAUCCAGAAAACAGAGUGGAAGUAAUAUUUUAAUAACUGCAGGGAACUCCUGAGUGCUUGAAGAGAUUUGCUUUAUAAAGAAGAAAUGAGAUUUAUUAUAGUUGCCUGUGGGGAGUUUCUCGAACGUGGAAGGUUUGUUUGCUUUUCACUCUACACCUAAAUCAAGUGUCUCUGCCAAACUGUAAGUUAUAGCUAUACAGUGCAUGUAUCGAACAGCUCAUGCCACUGUUGUUAGAAGUGAGAGAUGCAAAAUGUAAAUAGCUUUCAAACAAUGUUUCCACAGAAUUUAAAAACCCCUCAAUGUCUUUAUCAAGCUGCAGAGGGGUCCUGCAUGCUUAAAAGAACCCUGUUUGGAAACUAAGACAUGUUUUGAAGGUUGAACAGAUCUGAACAUGUGUAUGCUGUUUUUCCAGAAACAAAUAAAAGUUUAUUCUUCAGAAACAACA